UGUGCGACGCACGCUGUCUUCUCGCUGCCCAGCAACCGUUAACAUCACAGCUCGGGCCGGGGCGAUAGUGUGCGCUGCAUUCCUGGAUCCUACGCACAACUGCGCCUAGCCCGUCAUGCCGUAGAGACAGGGCACUAUGAACAAGUACGUGAGAGUGAGCAAGAUCGGCGAGGGCUCCUUUGGUAAGGCCGUGCUGGUGAAAUCAAAGGAAGAUGGCAAACAGUAUGUCAUCAAGGAGAUCGGCAUCUCUAAGAUGUCAAACAAAGAGAGGGAAGAAUCAAGGCGAGAAGUGGCUGUGCUGGCCAACAUGAAGCAUCCAAAUAUAGUCCAAUACAAAGAGUCAUUUGAAGAAAGCGGCUUCCUUUACAUUGUGAUGGACUAUUGUGAAGGAGGAGAUUUGUUUAAACGAAUAAAUGCCCAGAAAGGAGUUUUAUUCUCAGAAGACCAGAUCCUAGACUGGUUUGUUCAGCUCUGUUUGGCUCUGAAACAUGUUCAUGACCGAAAAAUUCUCCAUAGGGAUAUCAAGUCUCAGAAUAUCUUUUUGACCAAAAAUGGGACCAUCCAGCUGGGUGAUUUUGGAAUAGCGAGAGUAUUGAGCAGCACUGUAGAACUGGCUCGAACAUGUAUAGGAACACCUUAUUACCUCUCUCCUGAAAUAUGUGAGAAUCGGCCCUACAACAAUAAGAGUGACAUUUGGGCACUGGGAUGUGUCCUGUAUGAAAUGUGCACCCUCAAGCAUGCAUUUGAAGCCGGUAACAUGAAAAACCUGGUUUUAAAGAUCAUUCGAGGCUCCUACCCUCCAGUGUCUGUGCAUUAUUCAUAUGACCUCCGCAGCCUGCUUUCUGGGCUUUUUAAAAGGAAUCCCAGGGAUCGUCCAUCUGUCAACUCCAUAUUGGAGAAACCUUUUAUAUUUAAACGCAUUGAACAUUUUUUAUCUCCACAGAUUAUUGCUGAUGAGUUUGGUAUGGGAGCAGUUUUGAAUCCGCCUAAACCUGUAAGCCAUUCCGGAUCUGCCAAAAGACCUGCACAAGUCACCCCAUCAGCCUCUCCUCCUGCUCGGAAGAUCACAAAACCAGCUGCUAAGUAUGGAGUGCCUUUAACUGUUAAAAAGUCUGUAGAUGCUUCUAAGAAGUAUUAUGAGAGAAAGCCACAGAUCAAAUACAGACAGGCCCCAGCAGUACCAGUGAAGAAAAUGAAUCCAGUAGAAGAAAGGAGGAAAAUGUUUGAGGACGGGGCAAAGAAAAAAAGACUAGACCUUAGACAACUUGAAAAAGAGAAGAGACAGAGGGAACAGAUUAACUUAUUGAGAGCUGAACAGAUGAGAAGACUGGAAAAGGAGAGGUUGGAGCGGAUAAACCGCGCAAGAGAGCAAGGUUGGAAGAAUGUGAUUGGCUCAGGAGGAAGCGGAGAUCUAAAGGCACCAUUUUUUGGAGGAGGAGGAGGAGCAGCCCCUCCGCAGGCUGCUGUUCGAGCAUCUUAUGAACAUUACCAUUCUAUACUUAACCAGCUGCAGAAACAGAGAUCAGCAGAUGACAGAGAGGUCAAGCACAAAGCAGAAAUGCAGAACCUUGAAGCAGCACCUAAAGCUGCAGUCCAGUUGGAGCCCUCCAAUGGCCCAGUUGCUCAUUCUGCAUUACCUGAUGGAGAUGCAGUGAGGAAGGAAUUGAAGAGGCUGGAAGAGGUGUCCAGACAAGCAUUUGUAGACAGACAUCGAGGACAUGUAGCUGCUGAAAGAGCAAGGCAAGUGGAGGAAUUCUGGCAGAGGAAGCAGGAAGCCAUGCAAAACAAAGCACGUGCAGAAGGACACAUGGAAUAUUUGGCGAGGCUCAGACAAAUCCGGCUCCAGAAUUUCAAUGAAAGACAGCAAAUCAAAGCUAAAUUGCGUGGUGAAAAGGGAGAAGAAGGUGUGCAGUGUCGAAGAGAAAGUAAUGGUGAAGUUGAGCUAAGAAGAAAGAAAAUUGAAGCUUUAAAGGCCCAAGCAAAUGCUCGAGCGGCUGUAUUAAAAGAAGAACUUGAACGAAAGCGAAGAGAAGCGGAUGAGAGGGAAAAAAGAGCCUGGGAAGAACAUUUGGCUGCCCGAGGCUUCAAGAAUCCUAAUGUGCCUUUUAAUGCUGCAGGACCAACUCCAGGCUCUCCCAGCCAUGCAGUUCAUACAGAUGUGGGAGGUUCCCCAGUCAGAGGACAGGCUAACAUGAAGCCUAGUACACCCGCCAUCUCUAUGACCUCUGCUCUGAAGAAUGUUGGAGCUGUUGAAAUAACAGAAAUCAGGGACACCACAGAAGGCCCCCAAAAAGACACAGUCCAAAAUGAAAAACGUCAAAUACUGAAGAGAUUAAACAAGAACCUUAAAGCUCAGGAAGAGGAAGAUAUGACAGAGAAGACUGAUAAUGGUGAUGCUGAGCAACAGCAAGAAAACCAUGUUACUGACCGUAAGAAGUGGCAAGCAGACGAUCCAGUAAUUCCCCUUUCACAGCUGACCCUUAUAGAGGACACUUUAUGUGCCGAUGAAAAUAAGACUGUCGGUGGUGUAAUAAAGUUGGAUUUGGAGGAAAGACAAAGACGUGAAUGGGGGAAGAGUCCAGUUGAGUCAGUUGUGAGGAUUUUGGGUGAAGCACAACUUCAAUUCCAGACGGAAUUUCUACAAGUCACCAGUGGUCCAGUUCAUACAAAGAAUAUUGAGGAAGACACUGAGCAAGCUCAGCCACACGAGGAAGAGAAAUGUAAAGAUCCUUCUGUGGAUAUGGAUUCUCUAAUCUCACCUGAUGCACUGAAUGUCCCUAUGGUGGACCAGUCCACUGCCUUAGUGAAUGGUACCAACGUAUCUGAAUCUAACAAAGCUCCGGAGGCUCCAACUGCAUUUUCUAAAGGUGAGCUUUAUGUCAGCAAUGAUGAAGAGGGUCCAGCACAUAAUAACCUUAAGGAUCAAGAUUCAAUGAAAGCAUUUCCUAUUGAUGCAGACUUGUUGGAAGGACUGAAUGCACCGAAACCAGAAGAUUGUCUUUCUCCCAAGCAAGGAUCGGUUGAUGCAGUUUCUGAUUCUUGCCCAGCUGAGGACCAGUCAUAUGAAGAGCCUGAGGACAUAGAGACUGAAAUAUUGGAAGAUACCAAAGCAAAUAGAAGCAAUGAGCCUCCUGUUAAAACUGCAAGUGUUUGGAAUGAGCAGACCAAGGAAGAAAGUGAGGAAGAAGGACCUGAUGUACAUGAAGCCUCUCAAAGGGAAGAAAAUGUUAUUGAUAGAGAAUGCUCAGGGAAUGAAGAUGAUGCAGAACAUUCUGCAGGGAAUGCAUCCAAAGCAUUGUUUCAAAUAGUUCCAUUACCCCACAUUGUUACUACGCCAAAUGUGUCUGCACAAUCUUCAUUCGAUGACUCCUUGCCUCCUCGUUCUCGCUCUGUAUCUCCAGCUAAGACCAAAGGCCACGCUGCAUUGUUGAUAGGACUCUCAACUGGUCUGUUUGAUGCAAAUAAUCCAAAGAUGCUGAGGACCUGCUCGCUGCCUGAUCUGUCUAAGUUGUUUAAGACCUUGGUGGACGUGCCUAGCGUGGCCGACUUACAAGGUGAAGAGCACCUAGAAAUAGAGGACAUUGAAGAUGAGCCUGUCCAAGAUGCCGAGCAUUCAGAUUCUGAAGACACUAUGUUUGGUGAGACAGACCGAGAUCUGCAGGAGCUACAGGCAUCAAUGGAGCAGUUACUAAGGGAGGAGUCCAGUGAAGAUUUCUGUGGGGCUGAAGAUUCCAUGAGUGAAGAUAAGAAUAAAAUAGAUGAAGAGGAGAAUAAUGCUGAGGUGGCUGAAGUAGAGGAUGAGGAGAAUCAGCCGAGCAGUGAAAGUGCGAUUAAUGAAGAAUGGCAGUCAGAUGACAGCAGUGAGGAUUUUGAGAAUGAAUACGACGGUGACAGUGUUUUUGGCCAGCUGGAGGAACUGAGGCUGAAAUUAGAGCAAGAGAUAGGGUUCGAAAGGUUCAUUGAGGUUUAUAACAAAAUAAAGGCCAUACAUGAAGACGAAGAUGAGAAUAUUGACACAUGUUCAACAGUUAUGGAAAACAUUCUAGGCUGUGAACAUUUAUAUUUAUAUCCCAGGAUACUCCGCUUAGUCAUGGCUGAUGGAGCGUACCAAGAAGACAAUGAUGAAUAAAUAUCUCAGGAUCCUCAUACACAACAUUUUGCUGCUCGACUAUCUGCAUCACAUUUAGCCAUUCCGCUGCAAAGUUUAUUUUUAACACAGAUGAUAAUUUUCUAUGUGCAUGCAAUAUGAGAAUCCAUGUGUGUUCGUCUAUACUGUCUAAACAUGAGGUAUGCAUUUACGUCUUGAAAGACUGAACGGUUCACGUGAGAGUAGCAGAGCCUUAAUUUAUUCCUUAUUUCCACAUUUUGUUGAUGUGUUCAUGCUGUCCUAUUAAAGGCAGGACAUGGGUAUUCUGGUGUCAUUGAUACAUACACUAGUGUUUUAUUGCCGAGACCAGAAACGUGUUUUGUCUUCAGCCUCAAAAGAAAUCAAAUACAAUGUAUUUCCAUCUGCUUUCAAUGCUCUUAUUGUCUUCCUUUUUUGCUAUUUCCUAAUUAAAAUAUGUUUUCAAUAAUUUGUUCAUUUCUAAUUUAUUUGUCUGUUUGUGUUAAGUCUCCAAGAGUAGAGUAGGGUGUUUUUUUUUCAUUGUUAAAUUAACCAGAUUCUACCAGGGACUAAUGAAUCAUAGAAAGAAUAAUACCCAAUGUCUUGUUUAAAGCCAUUGUACUGUAAUCUAUGUAUGAAAAUAAUGCUUUUGCAGUUCCUGUAACUCCCACUUAUAGGAAUGACUGUCAUUUAUGUUUACCUGUUGUUAUUUGUUUCCAUACAAAAUGCAGCCAUUUGUUACAUAAGCGGCUAGAAUAAAAUAUUUAAAGUGUACCUGUCAGAUCCCGCAAAAAAAAGUUACUCAAUACUGACCAUGUACAUCUAAUUUUUAUACCUCGAUCACCUAUAUUUAUUAUAAAAAUACCUUUUUUUUUUCAUUAGCUCACAGUGUUAGAAAUCCUCUCAGGAGAAGGGGUCGUGUCCCAAGCUUGAUGCUGCUGCAGAACUUUUCGGCUCGGCAGUUGAUGACUUUUCCUGCAUAAAU